UAUAAUAGAAACUACUGUAAAUUAAAACAAAAAUAUCCUGAUUUAGAUUCGUUACCUGCUUUCUAAUAUAUCUUCUAUAUUCGGUAUAUGUACACAGGUCUUGGCAGAGAUCAUCUUCUACAUCUACACGUUUUCUAGAAUCAGGGUUGUUUAUUGAUAUUUACAGAAAAAGAGAAAUCAUGGGAAGAAGGAAGAUAGAUAUUGAGAGGAUUGUUGAUCCAAACAAGAGAAUGGUAACUUUUUCUAAAAGAAGAACCGGAAUCGUGAACAAAGCUACUCAGCUUCUUAAGUUUUGUACAGAUAUUGUCUUGAUUGUAUUUUCUCCUGCUGGAAAGCCUUACACUUUCAGUAAUUCUUCUGUAGGUGUUUGUGAUAUCGUUCAUCGAUUUAUCGCCGAUCAAACGAAAGACAAUAAGAAAAUUAAGAAUUCUUCUUGUGUUCAACAAUGCAGGAAGAAGAAUGUUGUUGUUGGAAGUGAUCGUGAUAGUUUUUGGUGGGAUAAUAUAGACAUGGAAAAACUCGAUUCUGUGGAAAAGUUAAUGUCUGUCAGAAAAUCUUUGGCAGUUUUGAAACAAAAUCUGACUGCAAGAAAAGAGAAACUUGUAUCAUCAUCAGCAGCAGCAUCGUCAUCUCCCUCUUCAACUAUACAAGACUCGAUUAACGAUACCAAAGAACAUUGUCGUGAAUUGGAUCCCAAUUUUGAGUCGCAGUUUGAUGGAAAGUCUACUAUGUUGAUGUUGCAGGAUGAGGUUGGCGGCAGGGACGAGGAAGUGGAAGGCGGCCCUUCAACAGAUUUGGCUUUGUAAAUAUUUCCAGAUACUAUUUUUUUUGUUUUUAGAAGGUUUAUUUGAAUUUAAGAUAGAAAUUAUGAUGUGC